UGGUUUGGAGCCACCGACCAAUCAGAUUCAGACAUCUGUUCCGAGCAGAGAGGAGAGAGGCUGGUGCUCCUCGGCGGCUCGGUGCUGUAGCAUGACUGUAUGAGAAAGACUGGAUCAGCACGGCCGACAUACAGAAUAGAAAUAGCAAAAAAAUAUUCAUAUAGGCGUGUAUUUAUAGUUUGCUGUCUUUAUUCCGGACGGAGUGCUUUUUGCUCGUAACCAUGACAGCGCUGUCGCUGAUUUUGAUGGCCGUGUCUGCCGCCUCUGUUCUGGCCGAGUCCUCUGUGUAUUUCCGAGAGCAGUUUGAGGAUGGCGAUGCCUUCAAUAGUCGCUGGAUGGAAUCCAAGCACAAGUCAGACUAUGGCAAGUUUGUGCUGUCUGCAGGGAAGUUCUACGGAGACGCAGAGAAAGAUAAAGGUCUGCAGACGAGCCAGGACGCCCGCUUUUAUGCUUUGUCAGCCCGUUUCGAUGACUUCAGCAACAAAGACCAGCCUCUAGUCAUCCAGUUCACUGUGAAACACGAGCAGAGCAUCGACUGUGGCGGCGGAUACAUCAAGCUGUUCCCCUCUGAGCUCAACCAGGAGGACAUGCAUGGAGACUCCGUCUACAACAUCAUGUUUGGUCCUGAUAUUUGUGGCCCAGGCACAAAGAAAGUUCAUGUGAUCUUCAACUACAAAGGCAAAAACCAUUUGAUUAACAAAGAUAUCAGGUGCAAGGAUGAUGAGUACACCCACUUGUACACGCUGGUCGUCAACCCUGACAACACCUACGAGGUUAAGAUCGACAACAAGAAGGUCGAGUCUGGCAACCUGGAGGAUGACUGGGACUUUCUGCCCCCCAAAAAAAUCAAGGACCCCAACGCCAAAAAGCCAGAGGACUGGGACGACAGGGAGAGGAUUCCAGACCCCGCUGACAAGAAACCUGAGGACUGGGACAAACCUGAGAACAUCCCAGAUCCUGACGCCAAAAAGCCUGACGACUGGGAUGAAGAGAUGGAUGGAGAGUGGGAGCCGCCUAUGAUUACCAACCCUGACUACAAGGGCGAGUGGAAACCCCGAGAGAUCGAUAACCCUGCUUACAAAGGCAAGUGGGUUCACCCUGAGAUCGACAAUCCAGAGUACACAGCUGACCCGGAGAUCUACAAAUAUGACAGCAUCGGCGUGAUUGGACUGGACCUGUGGCAGGUCAAGUCUGGGACCAUCUUUGACAACUUCCUGAUCACCAACGAUCCCAAAGUGGCCGAGGAAGUUGGAAACGACACCUGGGGAAAAACGAAGGAUGACGAGAGAAAGAUGAAGGAAAGCCAAGAGGAGGAGGAGAGGAAGAAGCGAGAGGAAGAGGACAAGAAGAGGAGGGACGAGGUGAAGGAAGACGAGGAGGAAGAAGAAAAGGAUGAGGAAGAGGAAGAAGAGGAGGAAGAGGGAGAGGAACCAGAGGAAGAGGAGGAAGAGGAAGAAGAUGAAGGCACAGACUCUCAACUCAAGGAUGAGUUAUAAACUCAGGAACGGCUCUGUUUGAGUCUGUGGUUUGUUGAACGGAGACUGAAGUGAAAGACCCUGAUGAGCGUCACCUCGGGGUGGAUCUGGGUGGGACGGACUUUUUAAUUUGUUUGUUUACAAAACAAAAGGGAUAGGUCAAUAAGGGCAAUUACUGUUGUGUUUCCUGUUUCCAUGAGCCACUACUGCUACUAUUAACAUGAUUAUUGUUAUAUAAAUUGGAAUAAUAGAAGUGAUCCGCUGGAAUGAAUGUCGAGAUUAGUAAUUAUAAAUCUGCAAGUUGUUCUCUGCAGAACCGUAUAAACUAUCAUUUGUUUAAUGAGAAUCUAGGUUUGCGUGAAGCUUUGACAGGAAAAUAUAGUUGCUGUAUGGAUGGUGCCAUGACAAUGUUUUGUUUACCUCAUGUGGUUUGUGUGUUAUUUGUUUGUUGUUUUUUUGUUUUGUUUUUUUGUACAUGUUUUACACUAAUUCAUGUCAGUCUGGAAGGAUUGGAUUGAGUUCUGCAUCUUAAUGCAGACAAUCUGUCCUGCUUUAACAUUAAAUUAAAACAAGGUUUAAUGGGAACCGUCAUCAGGACUAAGACUUUGUAUUUUACACCCUGCUCAGAUCAGCCUUCUGUCUGCGGCUGGUUAAAUAGGCUACUUUAGAAUGAAGCCCCUUCUAUAGUUUUCUUUCUAACCAACUCUUCCGCUUUGGUGCACCUUCAGUAGUCUUGUUAAUCAUAAUUAAGAGUUAGUUGUACAUUAGGUCCUCUCCUGUAGCAGGGAUUCAUCUGGUACCCAAGAUGAUUUAACGAAUUUCCUGCUGUCUGAUUUCAGUACAUUUGCACUGCUGCACAUUGUCCCAUACACAGUGCUACAACAAUGCUCCAACAAUGCUCCUUUUGUAAAACACACAUUUUGUACUAAUGGUCAGAAAUGAAGUGGGGGGGUGGGGUCAAAUUUUAUGUUGCUGUGCAAAUAAUAAAAACAAUCUGAAGAAAUCAAA